CGUCUCAAUCAUUUCUGGCUAUGGUCAUCAAUAAUAUACCAUGAUAAAUCCAGCUAACACAGCUGAAUGUCCAGAUCCACAUGUAAACAGACCUAAAUAUCUCAAACAGGAUGACCGAUUUGAAAGUUAUUUACAAAUUGCAUAGUUCAUGUUGACAUAUCUCAAAAGUGAGUAGUUUCUCAGAUGUUCAACUGUGGUGUCAACAGGGUUUCUGUUGAAAACAAUUAAUGAAGGUUAUAAUUGUGAUCCCUCUAAAAAGUAUCAGCCACCAAAAACAUGAGUAGUUAGAAACUUCUCUCACUGAUCUGCAGACUUCACUAUACAGAUCAGAAUAAGUGCUAGAUGGCUGGGUGGUUUGUAAUGGAAACCUUGUGAACACUACAGUUGGAUAGUUGGAAAGCUACUCUGUUCUGAAAAGUGUCGACGUGGACGGUGCGGCUGAUAAAUAAUUAACAAGUUUUUAAUUGAUGCUUUGAAUGAACAUCGUUCAAAUUUACUUGAUUUUCACUGAAUACAAAGUGAAUAUGUUGGAUAGAAAAAUACCAACCACAGAUACUGAAAGCUCAUUGUAAACAGUCACAGUGAUAUUAAAAAGGUUAUUGAUCAAUAUACUUUCGCUAUUAGUGUAACACUACUGCUAUACUGCAAUCAACUAUGAAUAAUUAUUUUGUAUAUGUCCAAUCUACUGUCAGCAAAGUAAUUAAAUAUUGAAACUUCUGUAAGGGAUAUGUAUACCAUAGACCCUAACUGUUUGCAAAUAUUUUAACAGUGGAAUAAUCCCGGAAAUUGACCUCACAUUAGAUUUAUUUUUCAACCACAUUUCUAUAAAGAUUUUUGCACAAGUUGUCUUUUUCUACCGACUAGCCCCUAAGAAUGUUUUAAACUGAUGUUAUGCACAGCUGGCAAUAACAUGGGAGUUUCAAACUUACGGCUGUUGUCAUAUGACCAACCAUUCUCUUAGCUGAGUGAUGAUAAUCUUAAAAAAGAUUUGUAGCCCAGGAUGAGGAUUAUAAUUAUUUGGUAUUCUCCCACCUCUGAGGUUUGUUUUUGAGCGUUUCGUCACCAUGCUUGGUGGUUUCGUCAAUAUUUUCUUCGUAUAGAAUAAGUGUAAACAUUCUCAUCUACUCUGUCUUGUUGUUAUCCUAGUACACACUCCUCUAUGUGAACUAGAUUAUGGACCGUGUUGAAGUCGCAGACUAAGUACCACAAACGAGUUAGGUAAAGGAGAUACUUAAAAAAGGUUUCGUCUAGAACCUGUUUUAAUCCAUAGCACUAUCAGUCAGUCUAUAAUAAUCUUCUUACAAUGCGAAUACAAUAAGUAAAGAGAAGAUGGUCCCAGUAUUUAGAGUCAGUGAGAUUUCGUCGAAGUAGAUAAUAAAAUGAAAGAUAACCCUGGAGAAGAUUAAUUGUUUGUAAAAUGAUUUCCUAGAUUACUGCUGACUAGGCUUCAUGUAAAUGGAAGGUUCCGGGCGUCAGACUGAGUCUCAGCAUACUCAGUACUGCAUAUUCUGAGGUAAAUCCUAGAUGACACUGCUUAUCUGUACCUAAACAUUGAAGUCAUACUGAGACUUAGUUAAUUCUUAAGACUUCAGCUCAGUUGGUGGAGGACCAAAAUGGUGACCUUAAGAGCACUUGUUGGAGUCUUGUCAUGAUCCAAGUUCUUUUCUACCUCCAUGCAUUAUCCAUGUAACUGGAAAAAUGGUAAUGUGGUCCAGCCUUACACAGCCACUGAGUUAUCGAAGUUUAAGGAGUUCUGUGUAGCGCUAAUGAUGAAUCUAGGCAAAUAAUUCGAUCGUUUUUUUAGUGGUAGGAGAAAUUUCCAAACUUAUGCCACAGAUUAUUACUUUGGUACGAUUAUGGGCAGUGAAUUGAGCGCAAAACGUAAUCUGGUAGAUGAUGCUAUACCACGGUGUGUGCAUGUGUAUGUGAUAUCAAAUAUACUAUUCGAAUAUGAAAUUGUAAUCUACUAUAGUGCUCAAGUUUUAUUCUUUCAUUAGGGAUUUAAUUUAGCUGCAAAACAUUUCAUUCUUCUGUACUGAACUUAGCCCAAUAGGUUCAUAGGGAAGGAAGACAGAAAGAAGUAAGAGACAAGAAAGGCAGUUGGCCUGGACCAGAAAAGUAUGUGAAGACUAGUGAUGACGAAAAGUCUCAUAUAUUUUACCUUUCUGUCUAGAUUAUAUGGAACUAACAUGCUUGAUAUAUAUCACUGCAGCAACAAUGCUAACUCAUAAGCAUCUCUUUAAAAUUGUCUUACUGACAAAAUGGAUAACUUUCCUCCAUAUUUUGAACUGUCUACCUGAACGUAUACAUAUCCUCCUGAUUAUUGUUUUUACACGAAUUCAAACCCUUGAACUAAAGGGGAAUUGGUUUAGUGUAGAAUGAAUAAUUCUUAUUUUGUUUAGACUAGAGUUUCAUUACUUCAUUAGAAGUUGGUGAGCGCCAAGUGCUGCAAAUGACUUUCCAGUUAUUCGUAUAGGUCAGCAGUUUAUUGCAUGCAGCUUUUACAGUUGGAUUCUUGAUCAGAUCGCUUGUGAGGUUGAUCCAUGAAAAGAUGAACAACUUGCUUGUGUUUAGGUCACUGGUAUCUAAUCUAUUUUUACUGGUGUAUGCUAAUGUCAUCAGUGACGGACUCCGCUGUCUAUAAUCUGAGUAUAUCGAACUAUGAGAAUGACCUUUUCCAUAAAUUUCACUUACUCCUAUUUAUUCACAACUGAAAUAUUUCUUGCACAGUUGAAAAUGUAAUGAUAAAAACUAAAAUUGGGAUAUCCUUAUACGGAAAAUGCUGAUAAUAGUAAUCAUGAUGAAAAUAAGGAACAUAAAAACGGUAGUAAUAGCAAUAAUACAAAGAAUAAAAUAAUCCAAACAAUAAGCAGAUGUUUAUAACACAUUAAUUCAGGGUAACUGACAGAUGAGAAACUGAAAAUUCAAUCAUUUCAUGAAUGUAAAAUCUGUACACAGGGUGAGUUAAUUCAUUUGGUUGAACUUAUCAACAAUAAAAAUAAUAAUAAUAGCACAGUAGGACAAAAUGAACAAUGCCUUCGAUACUACUACUACUACUACUACUACUACUACUACUACUACUACUACUACUACUACUACUACUACUACUACUACUACUACUACUACUACUACUACUACUACUACUACUACUAUUACUACUACUACUACUACUACUACUACUACUACUACUACUACUAUUACUACUACUACUAUUACUACUACUACUACUACUACCAUUACUACUACUACUAUUACUACUACUACUACUACUACUACUACUACUACUACUACUACUACUACUACUACUACUACUACUACUACUACUACUACUGCUACUACCACUAUUACUCACUUAUUAUUACCAUUACUAUAA